AUGCCACUAGACAAGUACGUAGCCCGACGGCUGGACAACGGUUUCACUGCCACAGCCGAAAAACAGGCACUUGCCGAGGCAAAUGAGGAAAAAGACAGGUACAUCUUUUCGGACGCGCUGGCCGAAAACUUCCCCGACACUGUCGAGCUUCGGUACCAAAUUCUGGGCGUGCUGUUCGCCGGCCGCGACACCACGGCCUCGCUUAUUAGUUGGGUGUUUUACAACCUCGCGCGCGACCCGGCCCGGUACCUAAAGCUGAGGGCAAAAGGCACGGAAAGCUGGGAUUCAGAGCAGAAUGCGAAGCACAAUGUGACGGCCACAAUGUGCUCUGGAACGGGAGUCAAGGUCAAAUUGCACGCGAGGGGUGCCUGGGAAUAG